AUGGAUCUGCGGGGGCUGGUGGAGGACAUGAGGACAUUUGCCCCACAUGGAGUUUCCUUCGAGGUCUUUGCGGCCUCACUCGGGUGGGAUGCUGCCGCUGAGCUGGGAGUCGACAAGUACAAGCGGCGGAAGAAGCACAAGAUCGUAAGCUCCUCUGAGGGCGACCACACCAGCAGAGCAAUUCAUCCCCUCCCAGCUGCCAGCAACCUCCAGCAUGACGCUCAUCCCACGCUGAGUGCAAAGACGCCAAGAUCAGUCACGUUUGAAGAGGCGAGGAGAGAGAAGAGUGGGGAGCAGGGAGGGCGAGAAGGCUCCUUGCACUUCUUUGCCGACUGGAAGGGAAAGAGGCUCAAGCCAAGCUCGCAUCGAUCCCGAGUGAAUCCCUCCUUGGAGGCAGUGGAGCCGGUUGAGAGGUCAGCAAGGCGGGAGCCCUUCAAAGACAAGCUGAGAAUGUACGAGAAGCUCCAGCUUAAGCUCCAGCACAGCAUCGACUCUCUCUCAGACCAGCCCCAGCUGAGCCGCGACCAAGACAAGCGGAGCUUUCAUGGAGAAGGGGAAGAAGAAAAGGAGGGGAGAGCUCCUGCUCCUGCCCCUCAGCUCUCGGGCAAAGCUGCGGCAUUUUCAGAGCGACUGGCAGCUCUUGACAAGAGCAUCUUCGAUCAUCAGAUGGAGAAGAACGCGCUGGUGCGCGAGCGACAAGACCUGCACGCUCAGAUCCGUCAGAUGAAUCAGCUGCAACAGCAGACGCAAGUGGAGAUGCAAACUCGAAUCGCCGAGCAGUUUGGCACGACGAUGAAGGAGACAUUCUCACAGAUCAAGGAGGUGUUGUUUGAGCUGCAGCGAAAGGACAAGAGCCCGAGGAUGAAAGACUUGCAGACUCUGACCCGCGAGUUUGAAGCGAAGCUGAGACGAGAGCUGCUGCCCUUUGCCAACGUGGCGCCGCAAGCAGAGGGAAGAGAAGCUCAUAAGCAUGACACUGUGAUCUCAGUCCACCUCGAGACGGAAGGAGAAUGGCCAGGCAAUCAGUUCUACCAACGAUUGACCUCUGCCAUCCGAUCUCUCGACCAGAAGCUUGACAUGCCUGAGCAGCAUCUCAUCUCUGACGACGCUGAUGUUCAACACGACGCCUUCUUGCUCGCCAUCUGCAACUCAGUGCAGUACAACCCCAUCCUCACGUGGUUCGCAGUCGAUCGAGACGACGAGCCUCAUGGAGGGUCUGUAGGGAGGCUGGCAAGGCUGGACCCGCUCCAUGGCGAGGACUUCGUCGACUCCUUCUUGCUCCAGCUCUUGAUCGCCACCAGACUCCACCAGCUGUCAGUCAGUCGCUCUCCUCCCUCUGCUUCCCUUCUCCGCACCGUCAUGCCCAUCGUGUUCGGCGGCGAUUCGCCUAAAGGCACGAGCGGCAGCUUCGAGGGAAUCUCCAAGGAGAAACUCCAGCUGCUGUCCAACAAGCCCUCCAUAGAGACCAUGAAGGUCGCGGCUCAGCUUCUGCAUCGGGGAGGCUUCUCAACUCCUGAGCGCUUCUUGCGCCUGUCGGUCCGCGAGGUCGUCGCCAACUUCCUCGAGCUGGCGGCUCCCAGCCUCUCCCGUCAUGCUGACCAGCAGCUCGCCGUGCUCGAGGCCGCCUCCCUCAUCAUCACAGCCGCGCGAGCUGAGAAAAGUGCCUUGAGGGCCCUGGAAGCUCAGGAGCAGCUGCUGGAGCUGCAGGACAAGAGAGAAGAGGACGAGGAGCCGAGAGAAGCGCUGGGAGAAGAGCUGAGGGCUCAAGAAGAGCAAGCGGACAUCUCUGAAAUCGUGCAGAGCAAGCACGAGAAGCUGAGACGAUCAGAAGAGUAUAAGAAGUGGAAGAAGACCAGUCAAGGCUUGUUCGAGACCCUGCUCUCCUCCCUCCAGUGUUCAGACGUUGAAGCCAAGACCAACCUUGCCUUGACCUCUAGAGGACUCACUCUCGACGCUUCCCCGGCUACUUCUGUUGUUCAACUCCAGGCCCGCGCGUCUGGUCCAACCUUGAAAGCUGGCAGGAAGGCCUUCAGCUACCUGGAUAAGAAGAGUCUUGUCCAUAGCUUCAGGAGCUGGAGGGCUCGAGCUGGCGAGCUCCUUCAAGUUCGAGCAAGACACGAAGGCUUGUUUCUCUCCUCCAUAUUCGCUGCCUGGAGCCAUCGCGUGUCUGACCAACUGUCGGUGGCUCGAGCGACGCUAGACAAGAUCAAGCUGAGAAAGUGCGUCAACGCCUGGCAGAGCCUCCGCGACGCAGGCGAAGAAGAAGUUGCUGCUUCCCCAACUGGAGAAGUCCCAGCAGACCCCCAACAGCUGGAUUCGGUCCUGCACAUGCUGGAGGCGGCGAUAGUGGAGACUCACGAGAAGCACUCGAAGCUGCUCAAGAUGACGGGGAUGGAUCGCCUGUUCGAGCGCGUCUCCUCCCCUGCUUGUCAGUCGCUGCAUGACGCGGGCAUCUCAGACGUCGACUCGCUGUGGCGACGAGGGAUGGGGGAGGACGGCUUCAGCGAAGUCAAGCUUCUGCGCGAGCUCGAGGAGAUCGGAGUGGGGGAGGAGGAUGCGAAGGUGAUCAAAAGCUAUCUAGCCGAGCAAGGGGAGCGACCAGCCCCGGAGGACUUCGGGAAGAGAAGAGAUCGCAUGCUCCAAGAGAUGGCAGCCCUUGGGCAGAAGCUCCAGCAGAAGCACAUCCAGCUAGGCGGGGCUGACAAGCCGCCGGGACCUGGAGAGAAGGUGGAGGGAGAUGGGACGCUGAAGCAGGUGAUGAAAGACUUGCUGCACACGCUCAGAGCUCCUGCCCUACCCGUGAAAGAAGAUGACCAGAAUUUGGGGGAGGAUUGGAACGAGGCGGGGGAGAGGGGAGAAGCAGGGAAGGAGGGGGAGGGGAAGGGGGAGGGGGAGGAGGAGGAGGAUGGGGAGGAGGUUUCAAAGGAUCAGGUCAUUCGCAAUCGCGACACGAAGGAGUACAUUCGAAAGCUGAGGGAUGAAGACGCGGCGAACAGAGCUGUACUCAACCUGCUCAACCUGCGACACCCAGCAGACUCUGAGCAAGAGAAGGAGCAAGACGCUGACGGACAGGAGGUGCGCAGACGCUUCGAGGAGAGUCAGGUUGAGCUCGCCAAGAUGAUGCAGCAGUACCUACGAGCCAUGGAGCGAGCUCGUGACCUCCUCCAAGAGCCUCCGCCUCCAGCUGACCCGCCGUCCAUCCCCUCUGCCACCAAGACUCAGGCUGAGCUGGAGGCGCUCAGGCUGGCCGAGGACAUGAAAGAGAGGACGCGACAGGCGGAGUACCUGGAGCAGGAGAACGUGCUCCUGCGCGAGCACAUCCGAAGCCUCCGUCAGGGAACCUCGAGGGGACGCGAGGCUGAUGCGGCUGCUGCCUCCCAUUGGUCUGCUGCCUUGGCUGACCCUGAGCUCGCUCACAAGUACAGCGAGUACGCCGAGAGUGAUGGGGAGGAGCGCGCUCGAUACCUGAGACAUGCGCUCGAGGAGGCGGAGCUGAGUAGCGUGAGGGCUGAGCAGCGUUUGGAGGAACAAGGGAAGAGACUGGCGUGGGAGCUGAAGGGAGACACAAGCGAUGUCUGCUGCCGCUCAAGCGUGUUUGAGGACAUGCUCGAUCAUAAGAUCGCCACUACAAGACGAGAAAUCGAAAAGAAAAUGGAGGACGCGAGCAGCAAACUCCAAGAUAUUGAAGACAGUCUGACGGAAGUUGAAAAACAGCUGUCAACUUUUGAUAAGCAAGAAAGCAGAGCAGACAGGAAUCAAGUCAAGAUUGGACUUGAAGAUCCACACAAGUCAAGACUGGAGAUGAGAAGGAAACGACUGUCAGAGCAGCGAGACGAAGUGACGAGGGAGAUGUCACACUUGGAGGUUGAGUAUAAUGAAUCAGACCUGAGGGCUGAGCUGCGGCGAAUCGAAGAGCACAAGGAGAAGGAGGUGCACGCUGUGAAGGAAGAGAUCGAGUCCUUGAUGAAGCUGGAGGCGCAUCUCGAGGACCCCGAGGCUCAGGAGAGGCUGCAAGAGCUGCAAGACAAGGCGAGGCGAGUGGAGGAUGCUUGGAGGUUGAGGUAUCACAUGCGAAUGAAAGAGAUCGAGAUCGAGCUGCUCAAUGAGAAGAGAAAGGAAGAAGAGCUGCUGCUACGCCAAGAGAUGGAGCAGAGUCAAAGCUCGCACAAGAGCAUGGCGGAGGAGGUGCAGGAGGAGUUGUCGAGGAACUUGAGAGAGAUGCAGCUCUCUGUGAACCAGACAGCCCGAGGCCGCUGCCGUCCUGACGUGCUUGCGGCGAUGAGCGGAUACCAGAAGCUGCGAGGCGUCGUUAGCAAACAUCGGCUCGCGAUCAAAACAGCGGAGCUUGCAAUGCACAAGAAAAAUUUGGAAGAGAUGAAAGAGAAAGAAAACAAAGCCAAUCAAGCAGAGAGAGAACGGCAAGAUGCUGCAGAUCUUGCAAAGGAGCGCGCCACAAGAGAGAUGGUCUUGAGAGAAAAGAAGCUGCGCGAAAUGACAGCAUCUCUCAACGUGAAGAAAGAAGAAUUGAAAGAUUCUUUCGCGCAAAACUUGAUGAUAGCCGAGAAAGCAUGUGGGGAGACAGAUGACUUUGUGAAGAUGUGCUUCUCGCGACCCGAGCAGUCGGUGACGCACGUGCGAUCGUUGUUGAAGGAGAUGAGGAAGGAAGAGAAAGAGCUGGAGGGCGCGCUGAACGAGGAGGAGCAGGCGGCCUUCAAGCUGGAUGAGAAGAAGGCUCUUCUCGCCUCCAUCCACGAUGCUGUGAACAAGUCAGAGGCGAAGCUGCAGGAGGAGCUCAACGCGCUGAGCAAAGACCUGCAGAGCAGCUUGAGGGCCAACGUGCGAGCGAUGGGGGCGGACGAGCUGAGCAACAUGUGGGCGUUGAAGGACAAGAGUACCAUGAUGGCUGCGAGAGCAGAUGACCUGCGGUCCCUCCCCGACUAUCAAAGCUGCAUCUCCAAGACCUUGUCGCUGGCAGAGGAGAAGUUCCGGCAAUCCUGGGCGAAACUCUCCCCGAAGCUCGAAGACGCUGUCGUCAGUGCCCUCGUGCAUAGCGAUCUCAGCGUGGACAGCGCCGACGCCGCCCUCAAGGCAGGCGACAUCGGCAAGGCAGUGAAGGAGCUUCAGAAAGCUGAGCUGGCCAUGGAGAAGGCGAGGAUGGCGAAAGCUCGAUGA